CAUGGACCUUAUAUAGCCCUUGAUUCUAAAGGUUGAAUUUUAAUCUUCGAAAGUCGACAUACACGUCCCUAUACCCAUGCAUAAACGUACUAGCCGAAACGGAACUAAAAUAUCUGCAUUAAAGUGGUUAACAUAAAUUGGUUUCUGACUGGAUCAUCAAAAUGCAUUUUCUUACAGCUGCUGAAGUCCGCCAAGCCUACUUGGACUUUUUUAAGGAGAAAAAUCAUAUUUAUGUGCAUUCAUCCAGUACUAUUCCUUUGGAUGACCCAACGCUGCUUUUCGCAAAUGCUGGAAUGAAUCAGUUUAAACCUAUUUUCUUAGGAACAGCAGAUCCCAAUAGUGACAUGUCAAAGUGGCUUCGUGUAGCCAAUAGUCAAAAAUGUAUUCGUGCAGGUGGUAAACACAACGAUUUAGACGAUGUUGGUAAAGAUGUUUAUCAUCACACGUUCUUCGAAAUGUUGGGAAAUUGGUCCUUUGGUGAUUAUUUCAAAAAGGAAAUAUGUGCCUGGGCUUGGGAGUUUUUAACGGAGCGAUUAGGAUUGGAUAAGGAUCGAUUGUAUGUGACGUACUUUGGUGGAGAUGAAACAAGUGGUUUGGAGCCAGACUUAGAAUGCAAGCAAAUAUGGAUGAAUUUAGGAUUAAAAGCUGAACAUAUCAUACCAGGCAAUAUGAAAGAUAACUUUUGGGAAAUGGGGGAGACGGGGCCUUGUGGUCCAUGUUCCGAAUUACAUUUUGAUCGUAUAGGUGGUCGUAGUGUCCCCGAGCUUGUAAACAUGGAUGACCCCGAUGUAUUGGAAAUAUGGAAUUUAGUCUUCAUUCAAUUUAAUCGAGAACAAGAUGGGUCCUUGAAACCAUUGCCCAAAAAGCACAUUGACUGUGGUAUGGGCUUUGAGCGUUUGGUUUCAGUCAUUCAAAAUAAACGUUCAAACUACGACACUGACAUAUUUGUACCUCUUUUUGACGCUAUUCAUGUAGGAACAGGAUGUGCUCCAUAUGGAGGUAAAGUUGGAGCAGAAGAUGUUACCGGCGUAGAUAUGGCCUAUCGAGUUUUGGCUGAUCAUGCAAGAACUCUAACCAUUGCUUUAGCCGAUGGAGGAGUUCCCGACAAUUCCGGCCGGGGUUAUGUGCUACGUCGAAUUUUGCGCCGUGCCGUUAGGUAUGCUACAGAAAAAUUAAACGCAAAACCAGGAUUUUUCGCGACUCUCGUCUUUACAGUCAUUGAUUUACUUGGUGAUGCUUUUCCUGAAGUAAAAAAGGAUCCUCAGCAUAUUGUUGACAUUAUAAACGAGGAGGAGCAACAAUUCUUAAAGACACUUUCCAGAGGUAGAAAUCUCUUUAAUAGGACUGUUGCCAAACUUGGAGAUGAAAAAAUAAUUCCAGGUGACGUCACUUGGCGUUUGUAUGACACAUAUGGCUUUCCAGUAGAUUUAACUCAGUUAAUGGCCGAGGAAAGAGGUCUACAAAUUGAUAUGGAGGGCUAUGAGUCCGCAAAACACAAUUCCUAUAUUCUUUCUCAGGGAAAAGGUGCCAACAAAGUUGACGAGAUCAAUCUCGACGUUCAUGCCAUUUCCCAACUUAAGGAUAAAGGAAUUCCAGUUACUGACGAUAGCUUCAAAUAUUCAUAUGAUAGUGUAUCAGAUGAUCCUCAAUCUGAAUAUAAAUUUAAUUCGUGUACUGGAAAAAUUGUUGCUAUACGAUACAAUAAUGAAUUCGUACAAAAGGUUUAUUCUGGUCAAAAGGCUGGAAUUGUUUUAGAUAAAACUAAUUUCUAUGCUGAAAGUGGAGGCCAAAUUUAUGACCAAGGAGUUUUGGUAAAAGUGGAUGAAGAAGAAAAUGAAUUUAUGGUAGACUGUGUGUACAACCGGGGCGGUUACAUUCUUCAUAUUGGGAUUGUGGAAGGCUGCCUUGCUGUUGGAAAUACGUUGAAUUUACAAAUUGAUACAAUUAGACGAUCGCUGACCAUGAAAAAUCAUUCUGCUACGCAUGCCCUCAACCACAGCCUUUUAAAAGUACUGGGCAAAGACACCGAUCAAAAGGGUUCCUUAGUAGUGCCAGAAAAAUUAAGAUUUGAUUUUAGCUGCAAAUCUGCCAUGACUACUGAACAGAUUGCAAAAACUGAACAGUUAACAAAGGAUCUUGUGUACCAGAACGUCCCCAUCUAUGCAAAAGAAUCAAAAUUGCAUGUUGCAAAAACCAUCCGCGGGCUGCGCUCCGUUUUCGAUGAAGUAUACCCAGAUCCAGUUAGAGUUAUAUCCUUUGGUAUCCCUGUUGAGGAAUUAGAACAGAAUCCAGAAGGUGAUGCUGGAGAAAAAACUUCUGUAGAAUUCUGCGGAGGAACUCACUUAAAGCGGUCAGGCCACAUUGUCGAUUUUGUAAUAAGCAGUGAGGAAGCUAUUUCAAAGGGCAUCCGACGCAUUGUAGCUCUUACUGGGCCAGAAGCUUUGAAAGCUAUAAGUAAAUCAAACCUAUUUCAAGCUGAAAUCGAAAAACUUAACAAAGCAAUCGAAGAGGAUUCCCAUGGUAAAAAUUCUAAAAAUAUUGUUAAACAAAUUGUUGAAAUUAAUGAAGAAAUUUCUCGCGCCACUAUUCCCCAUGUUAAAAAGGAUGAGAUGAGAAACAAUCUUAAAAAUCUUAAGAAAAAAUUAGAUGAUAAAGAGCGCGCAUUGAAAAAUCUCGUUGCACUACAAGUAGUAGAAAGGGCUAAAGAAUUGUGCACUUCUAAACCGAAUGCUCCGUAUAUGGUAGAACAAUUGGACGCCUAUAAUAACACUAAGGCAUUAGACGCUGCUCUUAAACAAGUUCGAUCGUUAUGUCCAGACACUUCUGCAAUGUUUUUGUCUGUCGAUGUUGACUCCAAGAAAAUAUUCUGUCUAUCGUCUGUUCCCAAGACUGCUGUAGAAAAAGGCCUGAAAGCAAAUGAAUGGGUACAAUAUAUUUCUUCCGUUCUCAACGGCAAAGGUGGCGGUAAGCCCGAAUCUGCACAAGCAUCCGGCUCCAACUACGAAAAUAUCGUAGACAUAAUUAAAGUAGCUGAAGAAUUCGCAAAAACUAAGCUUGAGGCUUAAUAUAUCGGUGUAACAUUAUCAGUAACUGACUUGUUCCGUAUAGUAUAUGCAUUUACAAUGUAAUUUUUUCCCCAAUGUAUGUUGAGUAAUUAUGCGGCUUAAUAAUUAAUAUUUAUAACUGGACACAUCAUCUAUUAAUUUUACACAAUUUUCACAAAUAAAUUCGUCAGUUUCUAAAACACAA